AUGUCUUCCAACAUCAGCUGUCUAGACCCCUCUGCUCUACCCCCAUUUAACAAUGUGCCCGAUUUGCCCAGAAAUGUCAGCGUCGGCUUUGUGUCCGUCGGCAGGAAUGGUUCGCACGAGGCGAUGAGUAGCUGCUGUUCACCCCAGGCCGUCAAUAUCGCUAGCGACUGCUAUUACUGGUGUGAACUAUCAAAGGGCGGCCUCGAGGGCUUCGGCUCGUGUCUUAUGCGUCAUGGGAUGGAGAAGGGCAUCGUCGGGAUGCAUGUGAGCAAUGCCGCUAGCCCUACGACUGGGCGAAAUUUGGCAGGACUCUUACUAUGGGUGCUAUGUGUUACAAGCGCGCUGCGCCUGUAG